AUGAUGAACAAGGCAACAGGUGUUUAUGCCGCUCUCGCGGCUCUGUUGGCCGCUGCCGAUGCUCGCAACUUGAACAAGCUUCCUAGAGCAACUCCCGCUUCCGAUUAUGCCUUUGAUGGCUUCUCCCCCAAGCCGACUGAGCCCAUCAAUUUCCCCUUCCAUCAGGCUCUUCAGCGCCGAGCUGGCUCAUCAACAUCCAGCCCCGAGGUUGUCUAUAUUGCCCCCGAUGCCACUUGUGGUUACAUCUCUGGCCUUGCUGGCGCGGGAUAUACUUGUGGCGUUUCGGCAACCUGUGUUUUCUUCACAUCAUCGGCUGCUGGUCCGGGACAUGUCGCCUGCUGUAACUCGCAGGACUGCAAUGCCAGAAACGUCUGCAUCGACUACGAGGGCUACUUUAGCCAAAGCAAAUGUAACGAUGGCUGCAAGGUCGAUACCUUCACUCUCAAGUGUACCAACUCGGCGCUGCCCUACUGCAACACAAUUUCCUUCCCUGGAGAUAUCAUGGACGUCUUUUGCAACGGUGCUGAGAUUACAGAGGUGCAGGCUGCUCUGACCACAUAUCGUGGCGAGUCUUCUAGGAGGUUCUCACCUCUUACAUUGACGAGCGAUUCUCCUCAAAGCACCAUCGCCAAUGAUUUUACUUCUUCCACUCAGUCGCCUCCUUCUACCACAUCAGAUACUACCCCAGAAACGACAACUCCUGCUCCUUCUGGCGGCGGCGGCGGCUCCAACACUGGCGCCAUCGUUGGAGGUGUCGUUGGAGGCGUUGGCGGUCUUGCUUUGAUUGGCCUCGCUGCCUUCUUCUUCCUCCGCCGCAAGAAGACCCAUUCGGCCGUCCCGCAGGAGCAAACGCCACAAGUUCCUCCCGUCCAUCAGGCUCCUCCUGGCAUGCAGCAGACACCCCAGGGCCCAUACGAUCCCAAGUUCGCCGCGGUUACAGCACAAUACCCGCAGUACCAGCAGGAAUACUACCAGACUACUCCUGAAGGCCACACCAUCUCUCCCGUCGAUCCUCGAUACAGCACCAUCUCGUCAAGUACCAGCCCGGCCCCAUCUGGCGGCUACGUCGCUCCUGGACCCGGACCCUACCAGCCACAGGAGAAUGUUAUCCACGAGGCUCCGGCACAGGGUUCCGAAAACCAUCGUGGCGAAAUGCAUGAGCUUGCUUAG